AUGGCUUCCACUAGGAGAGCCGCUGGAUUCUUAGCCAACAUGGGGUCGUCCCACAGAAGGAAUGUGAUCAAGGGAAGACAGACCAUGGCGACACUGUCCAUACCAGUAUAUGGUGGGUUAGCACGAGGCGGAAGCUCCUCUAGUGACGAGGACAACAAGGUUGAUCCAGAUAUACCUUUCAGAAUGCCUCCCCCCAAUAAUGGCUUCGGAAAUACUCCCAACAAGGCAGAGGUGUAUGCGAAUGAUGAACUAUGGGAUCUCCUGCAGAUCCACGAAGGAUUAUCAGACCAAAUGAAUCAGCGACAACAAGAUACCAAGAGCUCUGCGGUUUUGCCGGGCAAAGACCCUGGUGCUCCUUCGCUUCACGAUUUGGUACUUCAGACGGUACAAGAAAUGGAUGACACUGCAAGCAGGGACAGUGCUAAUCAAGCUAAUCAAGAAGAAGACAAAGAUGAUGACAGCUCUAUUGCAAGAGCCAAAGAUAGUAUUAUUGCAAUUGCCAGUGAUGUGGAUGGUACACUGUUGUCCUCAAAGCAACGGGUGCACCCAAGGACGGAAGCAGCAAUUCGAAAAGCCGUGAGCCAGGUAGACUCAUCAAAUAAUGCCAACGACAGUGGCCACAAAAAGCUGCAGUAUUUCUUCCCGGCUACUGGCAAAACACGAAAGGGUGCACUAGACAGCUUGGGUCCUGAAAUCAGAGAGCUAUUAUCGCAACUUCCUGGAGUUUUUAUUCAGGGUCUAUACUGCAUUGACAGCAAUGGCAAUGUUCUCUUUGAACAGAAACUUACAGCAGCGGCAGUGGAAAAGGCUGAGAUAUUGGCAGAAAAACAUGGUGUCACUCUUCUGGGCUACGACGGCGACAGUCUCUACUCCAACAAAGGGGGGGACCCAACACUGUGUGCAGAAAUUCAUGAAAAGUGGGGAGAACCCAAGCCAACAUCCAUAUCGUCACUGGCAGAACAUGCCAAUGGCCUGCACAAAAUCCUGUUUGUCCUUCAGGAUAAAGCUACAUUGACCAAUACUGUAAGGCCUGACUUGGAAGCCAUGGCAAAUGAAAAUGAUGCCACAGUUACACAGGCCAUUCCAACCAUGUUAGAAUUGCUGCCACAAGGCUGUAGCAAGGCGUUGGGCGUUCAAAAGCUGUGUCAAUCACUGGGCAUUGACCCUGGUACACAGCUACUAGCCAUUGGAGAUGCUGAAAAUGACAUUGGCAUGCUAGAAAUGGCAGCCAUUGGAGUGGCAGUUGGAAAUGCGUGUGGAAUGGCUAGGGAGGCAGCUGAUUAUGUCAUGGAUGAAACCAAUGAUGAAGGUGGAGCAGGAGCUGCAAUGGAGAAGUUUAGUCCUCUGGGUAGAUAA